AUGGCCGCGCACCGCGUGGGGCGGCGGCAGGGCCGGGGCGGGGGCUCCCCGGGGGGGGGUUCCCUGGGUGGGGGUGGGGGGGGUUCCCCUGGGCGCCCCCCGCCCUCCGCCCGCAGCCCCGCGCUGCAGCGGCGCCCGGCCCGGGCCACGGUCAAAUACAACCGGAGGGAGCUGCAGCGGAGGCUCGAUACCGAGAGCUGGAUCGACAGCGGGCUCCAGGAGCUGUACCGGGGACGGGAGCAGGAGAUACCGGAUGAGGUGAACAUCGACGAGCUCCUGGAGCUGGAGACGGAUGAGGAGCGAGCCCAAAAGCUGCAGCUCAUCCUCAAGUCCUGCAGCGCCGAUCCUCAGGACUUCAUCCAACAGCUCCUGGUGCAGCUCAAGGGGCUCCCGAAGCAGCAGCUCCUGCAAAGACCCAGCCCCGAGGACCCCCCAUAA